UACGUACACAAAACAGAUCCUUCAGUUUGUGUGUCGAUUGUGGAGCGGUAAAGUGCAAACGAAUGGCUGUGGAUUUUUCAGGUGUGACGAUUAGCUAUUGAUUGAAGUUGACAUUACAUGAAUAGAAGCGUAUAGAUAAUGGUCUCAUUUGAAACAAUUAGCUUACGCUUUUGAAUCGAUAAUCCACUCACUACUAAUGCGUCUGUGUCCAGCUGUUCAAUUCGAUCACAUAAGACGCCACCCACCACUACCAACACUGGCCAACAUAAUUCAGUACCGCUACCGGCAGUGUGAGCUAUAAAGUGCACAAUACACUGUUUCGCGUGCAUCGUCAUCUAUUGGGGGAACAGUGCGUGCCUAAACCGGAAAACGUCUGAACAACGAAAUGCUGCAUCUGUCCUGCCGGCUGGUCACGCAAGGUUUGACAAAGCCCAAUAAUUUCACGGUGAGGAAUCAGUGUUUUAAGCUGCAGCUCAAUUUAGCUCGACAAUUUAGUGGAAUCGCUCAUCUGGGCGGUCAAGGCCGAUUGAGAGAUAUAAGCGACAGCGCCGCUGCUGGUUCAAUUAUAUCUAUGGACCAUCAUCAACGUCAUGGGCCAAUAACGAUGACCACAAGAAGCAGCAGUUCAAAGGUAGCACCCGCUAAAAUUAAGACCUAUAGCGUGACGAAAAAUUUGCAUUUCUAUAGUUCGUCAAGGACAAACUGGAGCAAAGAUUCGCAAACUUUGCGGCUGGAUGAACAGCUUGAUAAACCUCUGGUGCUUAUGUUCGCUUGGCUCCAGGCCACUGAGAAGCACAUUAAAAAGUUUGCCGAGUUCUAUAUCGAGCAGGGCUUCCACGUGCUGGUAGUUCAUCUGAGUCCUUGGCAGCUUAUGUGGCCAGUGCAGGGAUCGCAAGUGGUUGCCGGUGACGUGGUGAAAUUUCUCAGAAAUAAUGAUCUCGAACGUGGCGUGGUUUUGCACGGUUUCUCCGUCGGUGGUUACAUGUGGGGAGAAUGUCUAGUCAAAAUACACGAAGAUGAGUCCAACAAGCUGGUACUGGAUAAGAUCAAGGGGCAGGUCUGGGACAGUGCAGCAGAUAUCACUGAGAUCCCGGUGGGAGUGCCGUACGCGGUGCUACCCAAGAACCCCAUGCUACAGCGUGCUUUGCGAGGAUACAUUACUUACCAUUUGAAGCUGUUCCAAGAGGAGGCUACUCAGCAUUACGAGAAGAGCACCAACAUUUACCACAGUGAACCUGUUAGGUGCCCUUCGCUUAUGUUUGUCUCGAAAUCCGAUCCAGUCGGAACGGAGGAAGCUAAUCGUAAAGUCAUGGCCUCGUGGGAAUCGGUGGGUGUGAAGGCAAGCAUUAAGUGCUGGGACCGUUCACCCCACGUCGGUCAUUUCUACAAACACCAUGACGAGUAUGUUGAUCUGCUUCUGGCGCAUCUCAGCUCACUUAACAUCGCCGAUUAUAUUCCCAAAGCAAAGCUGUAACCAAAAAAAUGAUCAUUCCGCUGUCUGUGAUUUGAAUCAAUGUUAAUCGGUUUUAAAAUAAUACAUUGUAUGUUUGCUGUAUCUCUAUCGCAACAGGUGCUUGCGAUUAGUGCGAUAAGCACCGGUUAGAAACCAACAAAAUCCCGAUAUCCUACUUUAAGAGAGCUAUCAGUUUAUCACACAUGCUAGUGAUUGUAGAUGAAUUUGUGCACUCGUUAUGGCGAGUGGCGAGGAAUUAAUUCCAUAUGUUGAUUGGUACGAGCGGUCAGCAACAACGAACGGGAGAAAUAAUGGUUUCGUCCGAAUAUGAAUUCGAAUAAAUUGAUAUUGCAGUGGAUGGAGAAACUCA